AUGUCCGAUACAGACGAAAAUAUUGAAAACCUUCCGUUAGAAGGGGGCGAUCAAUCGGAACCAACCGAAAAAGAGAAAAUAAUAGAAGAAAAGGAGCACGAUUCUGGUGGCGAGGAACAGGUUAAAAAAGAAGUAACUGCCGCUCCAGCAUCAACUGUAGAAGAAGCAACAGUGAAAGGAGAUAUAGAAGUGGAACCUGGAGAGAAAGAACAAGUGAAGGGACAAGAAGAGGUUAUAGAAGUUACAGAGGGAGUAGUGGAUAAAGUAGAAGAAAUUGCUAUAGAGGAUGUAGAAACAGAUAAACGAGAGGAUGAUGCGGAGGAGGCAGUUGAACGUGAAGGUGAGGAAGGCGAAGAAGGCGAAGAAGAAAAGAAAGACGAAGAGGAAGGUGAAGAAUCAUCGGAAGAAGAAGAAGGCGAAGAGGGCAUAGAGGGCGACGAUGAGGGUGGUGAGGGCGAAGGAAGCUCGGAAGAAGAGGAAGAAGAGGAAGAGAUUGUGGAAGUAGUGGAAGAUAAAGAAAAGGGGGAAAAAGGAAAAUUGGCAAAGGACGAAAAACCGCCGUUAUCUUCAUCAGAGGAAGAUGUCGAAGAGAUAUCCGAAGAAGAUUUAGAACCAGAACCCGAGCAAUGGGAUCCCGAUCAACUCCUUUCAGGACCUUCUUUAAGUGUUGACAGCACUAUGCCCAUUGAUAUUAUGGAUUUUUACCACUGUUUUGGAUUCAACUGCAGAAAAAGAUUCAAUUUGGAAGUACUGGAUGAUGAUACGAUAGUUUUUGCUUCGGGAAAUUAUUUGAACUUUUUCAGUUUGUCAACUAGAGAAAUAAAGUUUAGAAGAUCGGCUCUUGGUGGGGGUAUAGGACAUAUAAAGAAAAAUCCAAAUCCCAUCCACAAUCAUUUUUCUGUAGCUGAAUGUGGAAAAAAACCGUUUAUAAUUUUGUAUAAAUGGCCUGGCUUGGCCGUUGAAUGUGUCCUAAAAGGUGGUGCUAAAAGGUUGUACUCCAAUUUGGACUAUAGUCCUGAUGGAGAAUUUCUGGUAUCUCAAAGUGGGGAACCUGACUAUAUGCUAACUGUAUGGGCUUGGAAACAACAUACAAUAUUACUAAGAAACAAAUCAUAUAUCAACGAUGUAUAUAAAGUAAUGUUUUCUCCAUAUCUAGCAGGACAAAUAACGACAUGUGGUGUCGCACAUAUUAAAUUUUGGAAGAUGGCGCACACUUUUACAGGUCUAAAGCUACAAGGAGAACUCGGAAGAUUCGGCAAAACUGAAUAUUCUGACAUCCUGGGGGUACUUCCUAUGCCUGACGAAAAAGUCAUUUCAGGCUGCGAUUGGGGCAACAUACUGAUCUGGGACGGUGGUUUGAUAGUUUUGGAAGUGUUGAGGACGGGAAGAAGAAAGUGCCACGAUGCACCGAUCGUGCAGUUAUUUUUCGAAGAAGAAGAACUGUGGACGAUAUCUUUGGACGGUCACGUUAAAAUCUGGUGGUACGAAAAAAUUGAUUCUGCAGACCCACCUGACGACGAUCCAGUUAUACUUCUUGAUCCUUCGUACGAUUUUUAUACGCCAGGAAUGUCUUUGGUGUCGGUGGUGAAGAGAAGGGAGGAUGAAAGUUUGUUUAUAGCUCAGGAUGGCAACGGGGGUAUUUGGCAGAUAGACCUCAACACUUUGGACACUCCCACGAAGUCCAUACAGUACUACAAGUGCCACGCUGGGAAGCUGCGCGAUAUCGCGCCCUGCUCAUUUGGACCGUACCUGGCUAGCUUCGGAAAGGACGGUCAGAUAUUCGUUUACAAUUAUUUGACGAAGAAAUUCUUGUACAAUUACCAAUUUCCAUCUCCUGGUCGCAAGAUGAUUUGGCCUUCAACUACGAUAAUACCCUCUGGUGAUAUAAUAAUCGCCGGUUUUAUGGACUCACAACUUAGAGUGUGCACUUUGAAAAUACCGUCAAAACCUGGAGAGAGUGAAAAUAAUAUCUGUUUGACAACUACACAGGUCAUAAAAACCCAUUCGAAACCCGUAACCGCCAUUGAGAUCAACAAAACCGGACAAAUUGUGGUUAGUGGUAGUGAAGAUGCCACCAUUUUUAUAUACAAAGUGAACAAUAAAGUAUUACACGAAUUUCUAAUUCCAAUUGGAUUUUUGGACGUUCCAGAUAUGGUGACGUACAUGACAUGGAAUCCAAAAGAGGAAACGACGAUUUUGGUCGGAUGCAUACACGGUCAAAUGAUGGAGGCGGUACUGCCCACAGAACCGCACGAAGACACGUCAGUUACGCUACGACUGAAAAAACCGAAGUGCACAUUCUUGGAUUUUAUGUCGUACAAAUCCCAGAUCAGGAGGAACAUCCAUUUGGGAAAAGUGAGUCGGCAUAAGGAAAGGAGAAGGCAGAAAAAAAUGUUGGAUUUGAUCAAAAUGCAAGCGGAGAAUCCGGGGGUGGAUAUAGACGAAGACGUGUUUUUUGCUGAUUCUGAGGAAGAAGAAGUACUAGAUCCCCUUUACAUUCCUCCGAAACAAAAAAUAUUUUGGUUGCAAUACACAGAUGAAGGUACCAUUUGGGUGUCUAUGAGCGGGUUCGACGCGGGUUACAUUUACGAGUAUCGCAUGGGUCAGAAGACUCCAGAGCCUCUCAAAUUCAGGAUGAUCGCAAACGCUGAUGAUACAGAAAUAUUCAGCUUUGUUUAUGAUUCGCAAAGAAAAUAUUUAAUUUUCGCCAUGCAAAAUGGAAGCAUCCGCGUAAAUAGAGUAAAAGAAGAUUGGCGGGACCUGUCAGAUUAUUGGACAUUCACAAUGCACGAUAACCAAUACGGUUACGUGCCUAAAAUGUGCUUCAGUUAUGACGAAAAGUACUUCUUCAGCUGUGGAAAUGACGGAAACAUUUUUGUAUCGAAAUUCAACCAUGAAUGGUAUGCAGCUCCACCUGUUGUUCCACCGACUGUACGUGAAGAUAUUCCCGUCAAAGUAGUUGAUAUAGAUGGAGAUAUCAAAAGCAGUUUAGAAGAAAUCAAAUACAGGGCAGAACAAGAUAGAAUCGCCAAAUCGGCUAACGCUUAUAAGGCAAAAGUAAGAGAAAAGAUCAAGGACCUGAGAGAUCGCUAUCUGAAAGUGUUAAACAGAAAUAGCAAACUACUUCCCAGCCAAAUAAUUCCCAGGGAAGAGUUGGAACCGGACCAAAGAGUGAUGGAUUUCGUAAACGAUAUGUUUGCGAACAAAAUCGAAGUCAUUAAAAAGAAAAUGGACUACGAUCUACAAAAAUCGGAAGUUCAAAUGAAAAAACUGUUAAAAUAUUUUACAGAUCCUGCCGACAAACAUCCUUUAACCAUAAAAGGAAUAAAUAAUCCCAACCUGUUCUUGAUCAGUGUCAGACAAAGAAAGAUGUCUCAUAGGUUUUAUGAUAUGAUGGAAAUUUGCAUCGAAAAAGUUGAAGAAGAAAGAAUUAAAGGCAGGCCCAUAGAAAGAGCUCGAGAACCACCGAAGGCAGCGCCUGUCAAGGUCGCCAAACCAGUCACUUUGGAGUAUUUUCUGCUCAGUUUGAGUCCGGAUCAAAGAGAAAAGCAAUUGGGGCCGAAACUGACUAGAAUGCUUCUAAAAUACAGAGCCAGGAGGGACAAGUGGGAGAAACGACAAGAAGAAUGGGAAGAAUUUACAUCGAAAAAACCAGAUCCGGACAAAAAUCAUCCAGAGGACGAAAAAUUUCUGGCGGAAGCCAUCCAGAACAUAGGCGACUACAAAUUAAAAGAAGCAGACGAUUACAAAGCUCCUCCUGAAGUUAGAGACACCACAGUAAAAAAAUACAAACAAGUCUUGGAUACCCGACUCAAGCAAUACAAUUUGAGACAUGGCUAUAUGGAGAAAGUAUACGAAAUUCGAGAUUUAAAAUAUCAAGUCAUAGGUCGUUUGACUGGAUACAAAAAACUCCUGGAUGAUAUUCACAAUGAGCUUCCCGAGAAACUUCACCAGUAUGGACCGAACGUGCCGGACAUUGAUAUGGACGAGUUCCCGGAAGAAAAAUUGAAACCGGUUAUCGUUUUACCGAAGACGGAACUCGAGGAAUUGGAAGACGAAGAUCAGGUUCCAUUCGUACCUGCACCGACAAAAGAGGAAAUGCUUCAACAGGUUCUUCCGCAAAGAGACGAAUUAGAAUUUCCGAAAGUGAAUAAAGAAGUAUUUAUAUCUUCGUAUUCUCCCGAUGAAAUAGCGUACGCUCUGGAAGCCGAUUUCAAAGAACUGUUAAACAACUAUAGUGAAGACAAGGAUACUCCAUUCGAAGAUGAAAUGCGCACGCGUAGACUAACAAAAAAGCUCUUUAUCCAGAGAGUAACGAUAAGCAAAAUGGAAGAGGAAAUAGCCGAUUUCAACGCCGCUCUCGAAGACGCGAAGGACGAAAGAAUACCGGCGCAAGUCAAAGGUCUCUUCGUCGACAUCUACAUCCUAACGCUAAACCAGGAACUAAACAUCUUGAAGCGGAUGGAAGAGGGCGAGGAAACGUUAUCGGCGAAGUGCGACAAAAGUUUACGCUUGGUGCAUAGCCUCGAGGAUGACAUCGACAUCGAAAAGAACAAAAAAAUCGAAAUCGAAAAUACGUUCGAGACUAAUUUCCUUGAAGAAACGAAGAUUCAGGAGAAAUUCAGACACGCCGCCGAGAAUAACAAGUUUUACGAUUUUUUGAAGAGAGUUUUUAGAAAGAAAUACCGAGCACCUAAGGUUACUACUGAUUCGGAUAGCGAAUCUGAGUCUUCAUCGUCGAGCUCCGACGAAUCCGUAGAGGAUGACGAAGAAGGCAGUGUCGAUUCCAAAGAUGUCGGCAUAAUUAAACAAGAUUUAAACGUUUGUCCCAAGGGCUGCGAAGUAGCCAUUUUUAAUCUAACAGUGGAUCUGCGAUCUGAAAGACACGAAAUUGAGCAGAGCAAUAGGGAAUUGGCCAGGCAAUUGGAAAUUUCAAAUAAAAACAUUGAUCUGGCAAGUAGAAAGUUGCAAAUGUUAAUGACACAUCUUCAAAAUAGUUUGCACGACUUAGAAGUUUAUCAGAAAGAACGGCAAGAUCUACUAAAUCAAAUUAAAUGUACGGUUAUCCUCAAUCUGGACCAGAUUCAGGAUUACAAUCCAGAAACUGACGAAAUUUCGGAUUUCUUGGUAUUUUCGAAAACAACGUUAUCGGAACUUUACAAACGAGUCGGUAUUUUGGAGUAUGAAAAUUUGCAACAGAAAACCAAAUACGAAACUUACUUAAAACAUCUGUUGCGCAUGAAGAGAGAUCUGGCUUACAUGCGUCAAAAAAUCAAACGCUUCUUGCAGCAAAUCCAAUUGAUGAUGUACGAAAAAUUCGGCAAAGCCGUCGAAGUGAAAGAGUUGGAACAGGCGUUGAAGAAGAAGACGUUCAAUAAGACGUACAUCAACGAAUUGGAAGAGGUCGUUUUGAAGAAGUUGGUCUACGAAAUUCGAGUCAAAAAUACCAAUAUAACUGAAGCAUACGGGGUGCAAAUACUGGACAUUAAAGAAAGAAUUCGCCAUGCUCAAGAUACGCUGAUCAAGUGCGUGAGAGAGAACACGAACCGUCUGGAGCUGCUUCAAGUCAUGAACAAAGAGAAAAAGGAGUUGGUUAAAGUGAUUUCGUCGCAGCCCAAGCGCAGGGAAAAUUUGGAAAAGGUUCUUCAAACUACAGCCGAAUACAACAAAGACGUAAAAAAAUUAGAGGCCAUUUUGGAGAAUCAAAACCGGACUAUGUUUGAGCUUAGAGCAGAGAUCAAAAGGCUCAAAACUAAAGGACUGCCGGUGAAAGACGAUUACGAAGAAGUCAAAACGAGAGAACGCGAAGCGAAGAAGAUGAAACAAAUGCAAGAAAAAAUACUCGAUAUAGAAUCGGAACGAGAGUGGCCGGAAGAAAUCGAAAAUUAUUUGAAGCAACACGAAUCUAUAACGGAAGAGGAGGAGUUCGAGGAAGAUAAAUCUCCUAAAUUCGGCUUGCUGCACGAAACCGAGUCGUCAGAAACUUUCUUGGCGGAAAGCGAGGACAUCAUAGCCGCCAUGUUGGACGAAUUAAUAGGCGGCAUGAAAUUGAAAUCACAAGCGGAAAUCGAUAGGGGACAGAUCAUCAGAAAUAUUUUGAACAACAUCAUGAAUUGCGUAUCUAUGCAAGAUCUAAUGAAGGAAAUCAUCGCUAAUAUUCCUUUUGAGCUGUCGUCAAAGCAACGUAGUUUGGUUCAAACUUCGGCGGAGAAAUUACAUGCUAUACAAGAACCGGAUAUGAGCGAAGAUAAUAUAAUAAAAUACGCCCGAGAACUUCUAGAAGAAACCAUAGAGGACGUGUUCUUAGUCAAAGACAACCCGUACGAAAUAUUGACCAAAUUAUUGGAGGAGCUCGUGAGAUCUGUACCGAAAGAAUUUUUGCUGCACGAAGAUUCCGUAGGAUCGAUCGUGGAAAAAAUUACGGUGUACGUUGAAAUUCACGAGGUAGUAAUCGAGGUAUGGGUGGAUAAAGUGGAUAGCGUCGACAGCCCUUUCAAGGAGGAGAUGAUCGAGCUGUUGAAUAUUAUUUUGGAGAAAGUAUUUGGCACAGGAACGGACUAUUUGUAUGUUAUCAAUAGAAAUAAAGAUGAAUAG